AUUAUAAAUAUUUUUAUAUUUAAUGUUUACAAAUAACUCGGAAUGUAAACACUAAACUAAUGCUGUGUUUAUCAUAAAUGUGAAGAAGUUUAACUUAAUUUAGUGUGAUAUAAUAUAUUUUAUUAUUUAAUUUAGUGUUAAAAUGAUUUCUCCAAGUGGUCCUGACUGUGUAGCAGCCGAGCUAUGUGGAGUACUUUCCACACCAAUCCAGUUCCGUUGCCACAGGUUAAACGCAAUGAUCAAUUCCUACCACCCACGUGAUUUGCAGAAUAUUUUUCCACAACUUGUAGACUCUAUUUUCAAUUCAAGAGGUGGACAAGGAUGGGGCUUGCGUGUUAUCACACAAUCGUCAAGCGAAUUCGAUCUUUUGCAUGAUUUCUUUUCGCCCUUGGGACCGUUUUUACGGUUGUGUUACAGAUUGUUGGAUGAUAAUAUAAAGUUCUUGCUACCGAUAUCGUAUUUGCCUCAACUUUUAAGGAACAAACUGUCGGCCGGCAACAAUUUAUCUAAUUUUUAUAAAGAAACGCUAACAUUCAACGCUAAAGGACUUGUUUUAGUUUUAAAUUCCUUCGACUACUACAUUUUUAACUUUGCUCUACAUUUAUGCAACGAAAUGCAAUGUGUGGAUUUACCUUGCAACCAAGAAUCGUUCUCGGUUUAUAGAGCCUUGUGCUGUGAUUAUUUACAGCACUUUUUAAGAUGCGAUGGGGACUCCACAAUUUUACCAGACUUGACUAUGCUUAAGGACCGCAGCAAAAUGUCUCCUGUCGUUGUACCAAGGACGCCCCAAACUCCACGUCUGAUAAAACUAUCAGAAAACUUCAUAGAAUCUCCUUCAUCUACUGAUAUCGACAAUAACAUGUUCAACUAUAGCCAAACCUUUUGGAGAACAGAAACAGUCCUGACAGUCUUCACCGAUAUCUGGUUAUGCAGUGAUAUUGCUUUUGAGACCAAAAAUAUUUCCGGUUAUAUAGUAACAGAAAAUAAUAACAAUAUUUUACCUAGUAACGAUUAUAUAAAAUUAAUUCGAAUAGUUGUGAAGCAGGUGCACGCGUUUGCAAUGAGUGUGCGUUAUGAUCCUAAUCAAAGUUUUGCUCAGUUGAAAAAUUCGACGUGGAAAAUAUUUCAGGAUAAAUUUUAUCUAUUUCUGAAACAAAUGUUAAACCGCUGGCCGAUGGAUCACAACUUCAUUUUGAUUGUCGAGAUGUGGUUAAGUUUUAUUCAACCUUGGCGAUACGACAGAUGUAACCCUCCACAAAUCGACGCUGUGGAAUUAAACCAUCAAUGCAAAGCUUUUAUAAUGGAUAAUAUUUUAGCGUACACUCAAACAUUUCAACAAAUUUUAGCAAGAAUCGAAAGGCUAGAUCUUGUUGUGUCCAAAAAUGCUUCACUCUUAUACAGAGUUGCAAAGGUUUUUUCACGCCAACCAUUACCAAAGAUUCUCUUCGAAAUCGAAAUAGCCUUAACAGAGCCUUCACCUGAAUCACCAACGCCUGGUAAUAGAUCGGGAAGCCCUAAAUUCAACCAAAGUUUUAAUGAAAAUUUGAGAAUUGCCGAUGCCAUCAGACAAAGAGUAUUGCAGUUGGAAGGCCCCGAAUUCAAAUACAAGAGCAUGUUCCGGAAAACAAACAUAUUAGAGAUUGCGAAACUUUUAAAACACAUGCAAGAAUGUAUCAACAAAUCAAAACAACAAGUCGCAAUUUUGGAACACACAUUGAAGCUACGUAAAACAGGUUUUAUGAAUUAUAUAAAAUACAUGCUCGACAUGACCGAGUCUUCUGAUUUGGAGCACUCCAUCGCCGAGGGAAAGAAAAUUCCUGGAUAUUUAGAAGUGUCUUCGCAGUAUUUGUGCCAAAUUUUUAACAUAGACUACAGUGAAUUGAAAUUGAGAAUAAAUCAACAGUUGAAAGAUUCCGAGACUUUUACGUGUGAUCCGACGACGUCUUUUGAGGGAACGAGUUUUAAUAGUAUUCAUUCCACGGGUUCCCAUUUUGUUUUGAAUUAUGCACAGGUUAAAGAAUACGCUCGCAAUAUGAAAUACAUGGGUGACCCCGAUUUAAUACCGCCAAGCAGUUACGAGAUGAAAUUUGUGGUCGACAAAUGUUUUGCUCUAAGUCGAUACUUAAAUUGCAAGGUAAGCUUUAAAACAUAA